CUUCAGGCCAUCUCGUAGAAUAAAACACAUUCUUGCGCGACCCCUUGCUCUGAACCUCACAUACCCACACCCAGGUUCCAUCUUUACUAACCAAAGUAAUCAGCAUAAUGACCACCCCGCAAGCGCCAGAUCCCUCCACCGCCAAAACCCCCCAAGCAACCCUCACCGCAUUCUGGAACAGCUUCAUCACAAAAGCCCCGGGCAAGGUCACCACUAUUUUCCCACAGAGCCUCUACGCGGAUCUCCUCCCGUCGCAGCAGGAAGCCCCGGGCCAAUCGUCCGCGCGCAAUGCAGCGGAGAGCUACGAGGCAGCCGCCCGCCAGUGUCGGGCGGAGGUCCAGCACAUCGUGCGGGAGUGCCACCGCGUGAACGAGAAAUUCACGGACUCGGACUUUGACAUUGAGAAUGAUCGCGAGUUGGAGUUGUGGAACUGUCUGCGCGGGCUGGUGCGGGGGGAGAAAUUUGGUGGGGAGAGUAGGGGGGUGCCUAUGCGUAUCGCACGCGAAAGAAAAGGUGCUGCGGCGCGAAGGGGGCAUAGAGUGGGGAGAAAGGGGGAUAGGGGGUAUGAGGGCGUCCCCGGCUCCGUCCACCGCGUCGACUGGAUCUUCGAAAACCCCCAGUUCACUAUCGAUGGGUAUUCGAAUACCGAUAUCAAGCAGGGCGCCAACGGCGACUGCUGGUGGCUGGCGGCGGUCGCCACGAUCUGCAACCGGCAGGACCUGAUGGACCGGAUCUGUGUCGCGCGCGACGAGGAGUGCGGCGUCUACGGGUUCGUCUUCUACCGCGACGGGGAGUGGGUCUCCACCGUCGUCGACGAUAACCUGUACCUGUCCCACGAGGACUUUGACUUCUACGGGGAUCGCUACGACAGUACGGGCCGCCUGGCGCGGCAGUACCGUCAGCGCCAUCAGACCGGCUCCGAGGCGCUGUAUUUCGCCAAGUGCUCCGAUGCGAACGAGACCUGGUUGCCGUUGCUGGAGAAGGCGUAUGCCAAGGUGCAUGGGGAUUACGAGGCCCUCUCCGGGGGUUGGUCUGGGGAGGCGGUCGAGGAUAUGACUGGCGGCGUGACGACGACGAUCGCGACGAACAAGGUGCUCAAUAAGCAUACGCUGUGGAAGGAGCUGGUCAAUGCGGAGCGGAAUUUUGUGUUCGCUGCGUCAGCGCUGGGGUCGGGCAGAGAUUGGACGCGAGGGGGUCUGGCGCUGGGACAUGCUUAUUCAAUUCUCCGGGCGAUGGAGGAGGAGGAUGAAGAUGGGAAGAAGGUGAGGUUGGUGCUGGUGAGGAACCCGUGGGGAGAGAGAAAUACCGGCGGGGUCGGGGAGUGGAAUGGCCCCUGGAGCGACGGCUCGCGCGAGUGGAGCCCUUACUGGCUUCAGAAGCUGCAGCACCGAUUCGGAGACGACGGCAUGUUCUGGAUGGCCUAUGAGGAUCUGCUUUCGACGUUUGUGUUCCUGCACCGAACACGCAUCUUCGACGAGACGUGGACGGUCGUCCAGCGGUGGACCAGUGUCAGUGUCCCCUGGAUUGAAGGGUAUCUUCGCACCAAGUUCGUGGUCCAGAUUAGGGUAGCUGGUCCUGUGGUUUUCGUUCUCUCCGAGGUUGAUAGACGCUAUCUGAGAGGCCUUGAAGGGCAGUACGAAUUCGCGCUGCACUUCCUUCUCCAGGAGGAGAAUGCGAAGCCCGGAGAGCACUUGUUGCUAGUUCGGCCGAUUCAAUGCCGCGGCAACCGCUCGAUCAGCGCGGAGGUUACACUUGAGCCCGGAAGAUACGAAGUUCUCAUCAAGCUUCUCGCAACCAGAGAUUCCGACAAGAAGAAUGUGGAAGAUGUGGUGAAGGAGUGGGUGGAGAAGAAUCCCCAGAAGCUAAAACAGGUUGCCAUGAAUUACGACCUGGCGAAUGCUAAAGUUCGAUCUGGGAAGCAGAUGGAAGUCCAGAGCAAUAGAGCUACAAAUGCGACCGCGGAGACCGCAGAGAAUGGAGCUGGCAAGAAUGAGGCUAGCAAGGAUGGUGUCAAGGAUGACAUUGCCCAAGAUGAAGUUGGCAAGGAUGAGUCUGGAAAAAAUGAACAGGCACACGAGGCAAGAAUAGAGAACGAUCUACAUGGCGCUAGCAAGGACGAAACUCUUCAGAGAGAAGGUCACGACUCAGACGUUUCACAGUCACAACUUCAAACGCCUGCUUCAUCAACAAAGCUGCAUGAGAAGAAAGACAAUAACGUUGAAGAACACCACAAAGACAAAGUACAAGACGACACAAAUCACCAUGACGAGCAGGAUGAAGACAAGAAACAUAAUAAGGAUGAUGAGAGGAAGUAUGAUGACAAGAAACACCAUGAAGACAACCGCCAUGAUGACAAGGAGGAAGUGGAUAAGAAGGACGGCAAACAAGACGAUGACAAGAAAAACCAAGAUAGGGAAGAAGCAACUCCCCUUGAGCAGGCAAUUGAUACAGAUGGCAGUUCACCAUCGCCAUGGAAUGCAAUCUGUGUGCUUGGCCUGCGGGUCUAUGCCCAUGAUUUUCAAGUUAACAUCGAGCUUGUGGAGUAG